AACAAAUACACACAGGAGAAAAGCCCCAUAAGUGCAGUACAUGUGGGAAGGCCUUUAGUAAAAUGUCUUCUCUUAAGACACACCAGAAUAUCCAUACUGGGGAAAAGCCAUAUAAGUGCACUACAUGUGGGAAGGUCUUUAAAAAAUUGUCUCAUCUCAAGGGACACCUGAAGAUCCAUACUGGGGAAAAGCCACACCAGUGCACUACAUGUGGGAAGGCCUUUAGUUUAUUGUCUACUCUCAAGACACACCAGAGGAUCCAUACUGGGGAAAAGCCCCAUCAGUGCAGUACAUGUGGGAAGGCCUUUAGUCAAAUAUCUUCUCUUAAGACACACCAGAAUAUCCAUACUGGGGAAAAGCCAUAUAAGUGCACUACAUGUGGGAAGGUCUUUAAACAAUUGUCUCAUCUCAAGGGACACCUGAAGAUCCAUACUGGGGAAAAGCCACACCAGUGCAGUACAUGUGGGAAGGCCUUUAGUUUAUUGUCUACUCUCAAGACACACCAGAGGAUCCAUACUGGGGAAAAGCCCCAUCAGUGCAGUACAUGUGGGAAGGCCUUUCGUCACAUGUCUGCUCUCAAGACACACCAGAGGAUCCAUACUCGGGGAAAGCCACACCAGUGCAGUACAUGUGGGAAGGCCUUUAGUCACUUGUCUCAUCUCAAGGGACACCUGAAGAUCCAUACUGGGGAAAAACCACACCAGUGCAGUACAUGUGGGAAGGCCUUUAGUCAAAUAUCUUCUCUUAAGACACACCAGAAUAUCCAUACUGGGGAAAAGCCACAUAAGUGCACAACAUGUGGGAAGGUCUUUAAACAAUUGUCUCAUCUCAAGGGACACGUGAAGAUCCAUACUGGGGAAAAGCCACACAAGUGCAGUACAUGUGGGAAGGCCUUUAGUUUAUUGUCUACUCUCAAGACACACCAGAGGAUCCAUACUGGGGAAAAGCCCCAUCAGUGCAGUACAUGUGGGAAGGCCUUUCGUCACAUGUCUGCUCUCAAGACACACCAGAGGAUCCAUACUGGGGAAAAGCCCCAUCAGUGCAGUACAUGUGGGAAGGCCUUUAGUCAAAUAUCUUCUCUUAAGACACACCAGAAUAUCCAUACUGGGGAAACGCCAUAUAAGUGCACUACAUGUGGGAAGGUCUUUAAACAAUUGUGUAAUCUCAAGACACACCAGAGGAUCCAUACUGGGGAAAAGCCACACCAGUGCAGUACAUGUGGGAAGGCCUUUCGUCAUAUGUCUGCUUUCAAGGCACACCAGAGGAUCCACACAGGAGAAAAGCCCCAUCAGUGCAGUACAUGUGGGAAGGCCUUUAGUAAAAUGUCUCAUCUCAAGACACACCAGAGGAUCCAUACCGGGGAAAAGCCGUAUCAGUGUAGUACAUGUGGGAAGGCCUUCAGUACAUUGUCUCAGUUCAAGACACAUCAGAGUAUCCAUACUGGGGAAAAGCCACACCAGUGCAGUACAUGUGGGAAGGCCUUCAGUUACAUGUCUCAUCUCAAGACACAUCAUAGGAUCCAUACUGGGGAAAAGCCACACCAGUGUAGUACAUGUGGGAAGGCCUUCAGUACAUUGUCUCAGUUCAAGACACAUCAGAGUAUCCAUACUGGGGAAAAGCCGUAUCAGUGCACUACAUGUGGGAAGGCCUUUGGUCAAAAGUCUCAUCUCAAGACACACCAGAGGACCCAUACAGGGGAAAAUCCACACCAGUGCAGUACAUGUGGUAAGGCCUUUAGUCAAUUGUCUUCCCUCAAGACACACCAGAGGAUCCAUACUGGGGAAAAGCCAUAUCAGUGUACUACAUGUGGAAAGUAUUCCAGGAGUAGCUCUGACCUCACCAAACAUCAGACUACACAUACUGGAGAAAAGCCACAUCAGUGUUCUCAAUGUGGAAAGGCCUUUAGCCAAAUGUCUAAUCUCAAGAGACAUCAUAGGAUCCAUUCAAAUGAUGUGCUGCCCUGCUAAUACAUGAUGGAGUAUCACUUGCUGAAAUAUUUCUUGAUUAACUGAGUUUUAAAAAACGUUUGUGUAUGUACAAGAUGAAGUAUUAUUUUAUCACAUUUGAAACAUAUGUUAGGGUAGAGAUUGAAACAUACAUUGUUAGUGUACAUGAAUUCAAUAAAAGAAAAACUUGAAGUGAGUGUUUUUUCAAAUAU